AUGAAUAAUUUAAUAGGGUGCGAAUCAGAUCAUGUAGAUGGUGAUGAAACAAGUCAGAUGCUGCUGGACACCGGAUGUGAUUGGCAGUUUUGCCAGUCGCUCGACAGGGUACAUGUUUUGGCACUUUUGGAUAUCAGCGAAGGGAGCACCUUUCAGGAACAUGAUAUAUAUGAGUUUCAACCUCAGACAGACUGGGAAGAGGCUAUCCAGGGUUGGGCCCAGUCUCCCCCUCUUGCCUGCUUGUUUCAAACACAAAGCAAAGGAAAGAAGAUUAAACCUGAGGACUCAGAUUACCACUGCCUUCUAUGUGUUGACUUAAAAAUUUCUGACCUCUCUGGAUCUGACUGCACUCAAAAUUCUCCUGAAUCCUGUGAUGAUACGGCAGAGGAAGCUCCCAGGAAUGUAUGUGCUGAAACAGAGUUUCCCAUAGCUUUCAGUGUGCCUCAGAGAAACACUAAACAGAGCAUGUUUAGAAACAAACUGCUACCUGGGAGUGAACUGUUUUUAAAAAGUAAAACUGCAUCAGGCUCAAACCACCAUACUGAUCAGUUUCCUCUGUUGAAAGACAGGGGUGCUGGAAAAGUGUUGCUUAUGAUCAGUAGCUUUUCAGUCUUGCCACCUGUCAAAGCAUCACUCCCCAGAGGUCAGAGGAGUCCCACGCCUUUAAGAAGAGGUGAUGCGAGCAGAGAAACCGAUGAGGUUGCAUUAGCUGGUUCUGCUGGGCCUGACAUGGUUGAAAGGGCUGGUUGUCUGGAUCGAGAAGAGGCGUCAAGGGCAGAAGCUGUGCCGCAUGUUUGCUCAGCUGACCAAGGUUCUCUUACCUCCAGCUUCUUGAAAUCCCAGCGCAGCCAGCAUCUGUUGUCAGCUUUCAGCAUGGCCCUCCCCAAACAGUGCGAGGUACCCUUCAGCAGUGUCACAGAUACUCUCCCCCAGGCCAUGUGCCCCCUGGGGCGACACCUCAGACAGGACACCUGUACCAAAGCAAACCCCAGCAGCUACCGGUUCCCCUUCAGUCUCAAGUCCAAGAACGUGAGACAGGCCAAGCCACAGCUCCCUGUGCUUUUUGGCACCAGGGUUGCCAUUCCAGUGUCCAGCCAACGUGUGCUGUGA